UAUCCGGACUGUCCCUUCGGUGGCAUUCACGCUUGCAAGGUCACCAUGUUCCGUGUGAUUGCCUGCCGCGCCGUUCCGCGAGUUGCCUCUGUUGUGCUGAGAGGGGACAGCGCGACCGUUCGGUGCUUCUCCGAGUCUCUCGACCACCUUAAGAUCACUGAAGUUCAAGAGAACCGAGUGCAGGAACGCUACGUUCAAAUGCGCAAGGAGCACUUCGGUCGACGCACAGAGUUUCCCGCCGCCAGCCAGGGCGAAGUCGACAUUGACGCAGAUACCGCAAACCGCAAGCGGGUGAUUUACCGAAGCAGGCAACGUGGAUGGUUGGAAGUGGACUUGCUGAUGGGACGAUGGGCGAGUGAGAACGUGUGGACGCUGACGGCGGACGAGUUACAGCAGUACGAAGACAUUUUGAACCGCGAAACGAUCGACAUCUUCAAUUUCAUUUCGGGCAAAGACGAGAUCCCAGAGGUAGCGAAAUUCGUGUUGGUUGUCGGGAUGACAUGCAGACAGACGCUUUUUUUGUCGUAGGAAUUGAACACGCCCAUCAUGAAGCGCAUCCAGGCCUUUUGCUUUUCCAACCCCUUGGGCAAAGCCUCCAUUCAAGGGUUCUUGGAGAACAAAAAGCACAUGAGCAACUAAUUCGUUGGCGGUGUGAUGCAUAAGACUGCUCUUGAACAAAUCCAUUUCUCUUUCCGUGGGCUUGUGCCUGAACCCGAUCCCCACUGGGGCUAGUCUUGCAAGACUUCCCACGAGCGAGUGGCUUACCCUGCAUCAUAUGAAAUCGCACUGGGACUUUGCAUUCGGUAGAAUGAGCCAUCGACAGUUCACACUUGCCAACGCGUGGCGACAAAAUGAGGAGUCCAUGCAUUCGACAAAAGCGGCAACACAUACUUGACGGGAUAGUUGUCAUGCUGCAAAGCGGUUAGUCAGCCACGCAUCCAACGGCACACCCGCCUCGAGAGCAGCGACGCCUUGAUUUCAUCCAUUAUCCAGACGGUU